AUGGGAUUGCCGGAUAUUAAACCAAAAUAUGCAUGGAUUCUUCCAUUGGUUGCCUGCUUCUGGUGGUGGGCCAUGCUUAUUGGAUUGUUAGUGUCAUGGAUCGUUUCUGGACGACAACCAUACUAUACAGAUUAUGCAAAUAUGAGUCGGUGGAUCAUAUAUCUAUCUGAUGUUGCAGCCACAGACCGCCAGCCUGUGUUUAUUUGCGGCAGUGCACUCAUGGGUGUAUUCGGUGUCUGGGCGACGUAUGAAGAAUAUAGACUUCGAGGCGAAAAGGCAAAUUACUUACUUCCAUACUUCAAUCGGAUCACCAAAUGUUUGCAGUUUUGUUUGGUGAUAGCCAUGUCGUUGUCGUCAUUUUUCAUAUUGAUGGUCAGCUGCUUCAAGGUUACCACGCACACUCAAAUUCACGUGCUGUUUUUAGCUCUUUUCAUUGGUUUCGACGUUGUGUUUGCAAUUAUUGACCUGAUACUCAAGCUUAUAUACAACUACCACUAUCGCGAACGUUACUUUGCCAUCUGUUUUGGCAUUACGCUUAUCUGGACUCUCUGCACUGUGGCUGCUAUUUCCUUUUAUGGAAUUUUCAUUCUUGUUGCCAAUGAUCAGGGAAAUGCAUCAUAUUUCUAUGGUUACUCGGGUGUCAUGGAGUGGACUGCCUGCUUUUUGUAUGGAUUGGUUUUCUUUAUUCUUGCUGUGGACUUGACACGCCCAAAAGUAGGUAUGAAAUUCAGAAAGCACCGUAUAAACACCUCAUCGUCGGCCGGAACUACUUUAACCGGAGUUUCGGAUGGCUUACAGUUUCCUGAAAUGGCCCAAACGAUGUUAUGA